AUGAGGAUUAAAGUUUCUGUCAGACAAAACUUCACAGAAAACUUAUCCUCAAAGUAUCGGCUUAUUGAAGCCUCGAAGAUCUACAACAGCAGAAUAACACCAGUGUCACCGAAAUGGCGAAGUGCAAUCGAAGCACGCAUCGAGGCGGAGAGACAGAUGACAAUCAAGGCAGUGGGGCGGGGCGCGCGGCUUCAUCCGGGACACUACUGGGACGUCGCCGGCACCUUUCUCUUCACCAUCUACGUACUUACAGCUCUGGGUUUUGGCGCCCCUGUGCCGCAAACGAUGUGGGGAAGGACAGCCACAUUGUUCUACGCUAUAAUAGCGGUACCCAUGCACUUCUAUUUAAUGUUAAACCUGAGUACAUGUGUGGUGGUAAAAUUAGAAGACUGUAUGAAACGAAUGAAGUCAUGCUUCGGUGAAAAGGAGCCCUUUGAAGACAAACAUGACCUCAAGGCUACAAAAGAUAACCAGGCUCACAGAAGGAAUUCGGUGCUUAUGAAAUCGAGUCCUUUACGAAGGAGAAUUCUAUGCAUCGUGGGUAUACUAUUCUGCGGACGCUGUGUGCCGCUGGCGAUCCUACUCUACUAUGUGGUAGGAGUGAUUGUGUUCGGUGUCGCGCGCUCUAAGGACGCCCUCGACGUAGUCAUGUUUCCUCUGGAGUUCACGACCAGCGGGGGGCUGGAGAAUGUGGAAUGCUACAUCCGUUCUCUCUACGCGAUCUACGUGGAAGGUGCCAUGAUACUCCUCUCGUGUGCACUGGCUACCCUCCGACGGUGCAGUAGCAGGUCGAUGAACAAAAUGACAGACCAAUACAGACUUUUUGUUGACGAACACAGUAAAGAUAAGUGACGUAUGUUUCUAUGUUAAGAUGUAGAGAUAAUAAAUUCUUCGAAAUGACGACUUCGAAAUGAUGCAUCUAUUCAUACAAACUUUCUGGGGCCUAGCCCCUGACAUACUAUAAACAAAUAAGACUUAUUUGUUUGUCAAAUAAGACACGAUUUUUUUUUAAACGCGUUCGAACCGUGUUCUUUAUACGGUAUACAAUAAGUUAUGUAGGUAAGUAUUAUAAGUUCGUUCCCUCAAAUUAAGAUGAUAUGGUUGUUAAAAUAAAGAACAAUAUCCGUUGCAGUGCCACCAUAACGCCCAUUGCGACUCAAUCGAUAUUGACAAGCCGUCUCGUUAGUGACAAGAUGCAAGGCGGACGCUUUUUUACAAAGAUUGGUAGUCUAUUUGUUUAUAUACCAAGUCAAUGUGCCUUGCCCAAGUUGCUAAAACUGGUCUCUCUCCCUUGUAAGCGCCUUUUUUAAAAAUCACAUUCGAUUGUCAUUUAUGUACAAAACUUCGCAAUAGACAAGCUUGUUUUAUUCCAGAUAAAAAAUUGAGAUUUCAAUUUUUAAAAUUAGUUGAUAGAAAUCACUUUGUUUGAAUUUGUUAAAAAAAAAUCACUUCAAAAUGUGAUUUUUCGAAAGGCGCUCACGUCAUUUUUACUAUAAGGCGUCGUUAUACUGUAUUGAGCUGAGUAUUGGGUUCUUACCUUAAUAGUGAAAGUAAUCUGCGCUCAACGUAAACGUGUUUUGUUUUAACAUAAUUUUGGUGUAUUUACUACCGGAUCAGUGAGCAUUGGAGUAAGGAUUAGGCUUAGUUUAGGAUUUGUAAGUCCUUAACGAAGAAUUAAAACAACAAAUAUUUCAA